GGGUGUGGCCCCCUAAGAAAACCACCUGCUCCGGUUUGGGCACCCGGACAGUAUCACAGCCCUCACACAUAUCAAAUGAGAUCUGUGUGGCGCAUAUGUAUUUGGUGCCCCCUUGUACCAAUAUCUAUGUGUUCAAAUAAAAUAACUAAUAAUAAAUGUUCUCUUAUGACCAUCUGCAAACAUUAGUGACACAAUAUAUUGGCUGAUUUUUUUUCUGUGUUCUGUUACACAUAUUGGUAGUCUGGAUGUUUACUGAUGUCAGUGGGAAAUCUCUAGUAUCCUGUGGUAUCAAUGUAAGUUCGACUAUAAAUAAUGGUUGACUUGUAUCAGUGUUUUACAUAACAUGGUUACUGGUAUUUUAGCGAAGGGUCCUUAAUAGACGUCUGUGUUUAUGUUAUUUGUACGUUUUCUUCGAUUGAAUGACGCAGAGUGCUUCUCAGUAAUGUAAGCUUCUUUUUUUCUAGCACAUCUACCAGUAGUGGUUUCUAAAUGGGAUCGACUAACAGCACGAUGUCAUCAGAAAUAUAGUGCGGAUGUUUUUGGCGAAACGUUGCUCAGUUAACCUUGAAAUGGACAAGCUAACAGGCUAUCGAUAAAUCUACUCAUUGAUUGUUGGUAUAGGUCAUGACCUAAAACAUAUCAUACAGUUUGGCAUGUACAAUCCAUGGUAUUGUUGUCUGGGAACACUAUGCACUGUUGCGUUAAAUCAGUACCAGUGACUUACUCUUUCCAAUACUUGUGUCGCUCUAGAUGAUGCACAUGCCACUAGUCUUGCUUUGACUUUGUUUAUUUAUCCGUGUGACUUUACAUGAUACAUGAAUACGUGACAAUUGGAGUUGAUAUAGCACUGAAUCGAAUAAUAUGUUGUUUACUCGUUAGAACAAAUGCCUGUUUGAAACUGUUUGUGCUUUCAGACCUUUUCUGUGAUAUUCAUUUUUGGAGAUGUAAUUGACCAGUAAUUUCUUGAGUUUAGUAAGUAAUCAGUGUAUAGAGAUGGGAUGUCAAGGAAAACUAGCAAUCAGAAAUGAUAGACACUGUAUCAAACAAACAAUGAGUUGGGGUAAACUCCAGUUUCCAUUGCAUCCUGUACGUUUAAGUUGUGUUGGUCUCAAGGAGAAUGACUUGUGUUCAUUACGUAUACUUUGAACUGAGUCUUACAACUAGAUAUCAUUUGAUGCUUUCGUGAUAUUGGUUUACUAAUAUUUCAUUAAUGUUGAAACUGUUUCUUACUGGGUUGGGCAGUUUACCAACGGUAAACCGACAAGUGUAUCUAAAUUUUAUCAAUUGGCUCAUAGGCUACUUACAUCUGUGGUACAUUUUUCUAACAUAUCCGACUAUUUGAAUUGAUGGAUCGUUUGUGUGAAAAGGUUUUUACAAACUCCAAACGAAAUUAUUACUGGCCUAUUAAUUUAUUUAAUGAGUGUAUUGCUUAGCUGAGUUAUUGUCUAUCCACUAGGGACUAAAGUAAUUUCUGGUUUUUGCGUCCAUUGAACUCAUCGUUAGUACAAAUCAUGCUUGAGACCAUGUAUUAUUCUAAUCCCUACUUUGAAAGUAUUUGUUCACACACUAAUUGUCAUGCUAUACUUUCAGGAUCCGAGAAACGUGAUAGUAGACGUCCUUUAACUGUUCGAGAUGUGAGUUUAAUUCGCUUGGCAAAGAAUGGGGAUUUGGAUUCAAUCAAACAAAUGAUAAAGGAAGGAGUAAACAUAAACGAGCAAGAUGAAACAGGUUGGACUGUAUUGCACGAAGCAUGUGUGCGGAACCUUCCACGUAUGGUUGAUUAUUUGCUACGACAUGGAGCUGAUCCUAGUAUCUCAAACAUAAGCGGUGAAAUGGCACUUCAUUGUGCUGCGCGAGUAGGAUGUCUGCGUAUUGUUCGAGCGCUCAUAUACUACAACGCCGACCCUUUGGUGUCGAACCACAGGGGUGAGAAACCUUUGGACUUGUGUCAUGACCCUGAGGUAUCCAGUUUUCUCAAACAACAUACUGAAACUAACCAAUCACACAUGUUAACAUCGUCUGGUUCUGGGAAAUCAUUACAUUCGAAAGUUCGCCAACAUGCACACGGUACAAAACAUCUGAUGUCUUCUUUUUCUGGUACGACAAUAUCCAGUUCUACUGAAUAUUAUGGUGGUGGGGGUAAAGAUAACAGUAGUAUAGCAAGUCCAUCAAAUGUUUGUUCAGACUCAGAAGAUGAUGGUCAUUCGCAUUCAGGUUUGAGUGUAACUACCAAUACAUCUCACCAUAAUAUUAGUCCUAUUAAUACUAACCAGCAGUUAGAUUUGAAUUGCUUAUCAUCUACCGGUCAUCAUAACCAUCCAACAUCUAGCCCAUCAUUGUCGUCUGUACCCAAAUCCGUAACUGAUGUGCACAUCUCUUCAGCAAAGUCAUUGAAGAAAGAUCCCUACGCGUUUGAAGAUGAUGAGAAUGAUGAGACGGUGAACAAUUCUGGGAACUCACUACUUCAUUCUGCGUCUGGUGUUAAUAAUAAUAACAAUACCAAUACACAGGCAACAGGACAUAUUGGAGUUCAUUCUGGUUGUGGUGUUAGUGUUGGUGGUCCAGCCAAUUUGAAUAAGUCAACUUCUUCCAAUUCUACCAUUUCUUCUUCUUCUACUACUGCUAUUACCACCACCACCACCACCACCACCACCACCACCACUACUACUACUACUUCUGUCAAUACAAAUACGAAUACUAGUCCAAAUAGUAAUAUCAGUCUUGGUAGUAUUGAUUCACUUUCAAAGCACACACGCCAACUGUCUUCUUCCAAUUUGUCAACAACUGUGGAGUGUGGAAAUACCACUUUGGAUAGUAAUAACGAUAAUACAUUGACGACAUUGACUGGUACAAUCAAUAGUGCUCUUACUACAACUACUGUUCCCAAUAAUAGUAGCAAUUACACAACUAGUAACAACAACUGUGCUAGUAUUGGUGGGCCUCCACUUCGGCUUCGUUUUGCAAAAGAAGCCGGUCAAUAUACCUUGAUGGAACAUCAACAACAACAGAUUGAUUUAUCCCUUUCGAGUUGUGAUGCAAAUCUUGUUCCUUCAUCAAGUGGAAUUAUUUGUACAACAACUGAAGCAUCUCAUGUCACUGUCAUUAGUGAUAGCGACAACGAUAACAAGAACAUGAAUUUUCAAAUGGAUAUUGAUAACAAUAAUAAUAAUAAUAAUAAUAGUAGCGAUAAUGUCAGUAAUGAGCAUAACUCCAAUAUGGGUACAUCGAUGACGAUAAAAAGUGAGCCAAUCACCGUAUCGGGUGAUGAAGAAUUGAAUCAUGUGUCUACAUCAUGCCAUUCAGAGUCAUCAGGAGGCGAAGAAAUCUCGGCACAGAAGGUUCCUCCUUUACGCAUAAAAUUUGCUUCGGGUACUUCUGGAGAUGAGUCAUCAUCAAUGACGUCGUCGUGCAUGUCAGUUGGAGCAACUGGUGGUGGAUUGGCAAUUCAUCCUAUUAAUAAUGUGGAGAAUAAUUGGAAUAAUGAGUCGAAUAUGAAUGUUAAAUGCGACGUGAAACCUCGUGUAUCUGAUGAUGGUUUGAUGACUGUGAAUAACAAAAGUGAUGGUAAGGAGGCUGGAGUCACUGUCACUUCUCUGGUUUCGACGAGUGUCGUUUCAUUGAAUGCUCUAGUUCCUGACAAAGUUUCAUGUUCAAGCGUGGAGAAUAUCGGUGACGGUAACAGCGGCAGUAGUACUACUACCACCAUUACUGCUACCGGCACUACCGAAACUGUGCACGAUCAAUAUUCUAGCUACCAUGAGAAGUUAUCUAAGUCUUGUGAUCAUGUUGUUGCAACGAAUGUACACCAUGACGAAUCGAGUACAGAGUUGUCCAUAUCUUGUACUCCCCCAUCAACAUGUAUCACUAGUGCUGGGAUGAACACUAGUGUGAAUAUUACGAGUGGUGUUAACACUGUUGAGAUGAAUAGCAAUCGUAGUAAUGCAAGUAAUGCUAAUAGGGUGAAGAUGGAUAAUACGCUGGAGACGAGUGAGUGUCAUGGAAAGAGUGGCAAUAAUAAUAGUAAUAAUAAUAACAACAACAACAACCACACGCACAAUCGAAGUAAUAAUAAUAGUAAUAAUACGAAUAAUGGUAAUCGAGAAGUGUCGAAAGAUACUCAUCGACAUCGUAGUGGGCGUACAUUACGUUCACAUACAGCUGCUCAACGUGAAAAAGAAGAAAAGGAACGUCACACGGAUGACGCUACUCCGAUUAAGAAGCGUAAACUUCGUUCUCGUUCGGAUACUGUGACAAAUCAUGAGAAUAUCAGUCAACAGAGUCGUAGUGGUGGUGGAAUUGGGACAGUAAAUGCAAAUAAUUCACCUGUAACAACUGUUCAUGCUGGUUCGUCAACUGAAUCUUCUAAUGUGUCGUUGUCUUCAAAUGCUGUUGUAAACAUGGAUGUGAUUGAAGAUACACAUGGUUGUUCAACUGUGACUGCUUCUUCUCAAAGUGACAGUCACAUGGAUAAUGAAGAGAAGAAGGUGUCUGUCGGGAGCUCUCAGUCUACAGUGCUGACGGAUAAAGAUACUACUGAUGUGCAUAUGACUUGUGUUUCUGAAAUGGAAGGAGGACAUUCUGUUUCAUCGUCUACCACCACUUCUUCUUCUACUAAUACUACUGCUACUACUACCACUCCUACUCCUACUCCUACUAAUACUAAUACUACUACCACUAAUGACAAUGAUAACAGCAACAAAAUGGAAGUGGAUAGGAAACCAGAGAUGUGUGGAACUGCUGUGUCAGUUGUGACAUUGAAUAUGGAUGGAUCGAAUGAUGUGAAUGUCGUGUCAUCAGUCUCCGAAGUAGGAGUGACGACGGUGGUAACAACAACAGUAGGUGUAGCAGGAAUAACAACAUCAACUCCAUCAUCAUCGUCAUUAGCGGAACAGAUAGGUGGAUGCUAUAGUGAAGCAGAUUGUGAUAUGAGUUAUCUAUUUUGUCCCUCUGCUCCUGGAGAUGAAGAUCGUAAAGAUGUUGAGUUGUUGAAAUUUCAAAAUCCAUAUGACAAAGCUGCUGAACUGAACAAGAAUUUGCGUGAACUUGUCAAUAAUCUGGUGAAGGUCCAUCCGAAAGCACCUUGUGGUUAUCAAGAUUACCUGUUGGUUACUCGUAAUUACCUAUUGGCUAAUCAACUCUCAUUUGCUACAUAUGUGAAACGUUCAGCACCAAGUCAUUUGGAAGCGACGUUUGUGGAAUUAUUCAAUGAACAAGAAGAAGAACGCUAUGCUCAGGCAUUGAAACACCAAUCAGAACGAGAACACUUACAACUGGGCGCAGAACAAGCUGUUUUACGUGCUCAAACACGUGGUGCUUUAGCAGUGGCUAAUCAAUCGAAACCAUAUUCGUUUUGUUCAAUAUUAUCCUAUAAUGAUUUGACGUAUAUUCCACCAGUUGGGAAAUUAGAGAAUCGAGAAGAAGAGAAUAUACGCGAUCGUUUCACCCCUCGUACAUUUAUCGGUUGGCUUCAAGACAUUAUCGAUACAUUUCAGAAUGAAAAGAAGAAAUUGCUCUGUCGACAACUUCAUGAAGCUGAGUCACUAAUGAUGGUGCAGAAACUUGAUUGGGAAAUGAAAACGCGUGAAACAUUGGCGUCGAAUAUCGAUUGUAUUGGUGUUGUGGAUGUAUUCAAAGACAUUCCAGCUAAUUAUGUUCCACUAAUCCCAGUGCCUAAUGAUUUUCCACUGUUCGCUCAUGAUCCGGUACAUCGAACGACAACGACUACCACAACAACAGCUGCGCCGGUGGCGGCGGCGGCAACAGCGACGACAAUGUCAACCACACCGAGUACUCCGAUCCCCAUCACCCCUACUACCAACACCACCACACACACCGCUGUCAAUCAUAGCCCAACGGUAUCAGCAACGACAACUACGCUGACUAACAACUCAUGAUUGAUAUGAUGAAGGGGACUUGUUGUUUUCAUUUUCUUAGUGAUGAAAUUUAUGCAUUUUGUCAUACUUCUCCUUUCUUAGCUUUGAUUUGAUUUUGCCUUCUCAUCUCAACAAAAACAGCCGGUAAACUACUGACAUUCUACUUCUUCAUCCUCCUCAUCACAUUGACUUUGUGUUUGUGCGUGUCUGUUUGUUUGUGUACAUACUGUGUGUGUUGAUGGAUUGACUAAUUUUCCAAUGAUUUUCUGUUGUCAUCAUCCUUGUCGUCGUCCGUAUUUAUGGAAUAUUAAUAUGUCUACUGAAUGUGUAUCUGUUAGAUUGAUGAUGCUGAGCAGUUCGUGUAUAUGUGUGUGUGUUGGAGUUUUAUUUCUGUGUUGUGGUGAAACUGUCUUUAUGAUGUGUAAUUUGCCAGUGUCAAUAAGACUGGUAACAAUAAUCAUUGUUAAUUUUACUAUGAUUUGUAUAGUUUCUUUAUUUGUGUAUUCAGCCACUUAUUUGCGUAAUUAAUUAAAUGCAUAUGUUUAUGUACCUGAAUUAUGUAAGUAAAUAUAUUUAUUUUUUCCUUG